CAGUUCCCGUUUGUUGCCAGUGGCUCUUUGCAGACGGUUUUCAUGUUUCAGAUGUAAACCAGCAGCAAACUGAAGUAGUAACGUGAAGAACCAUGCCAGCAUCACAUGUGCUGGGUUCAAGGAUAUUAAACAUUUUGUCCGCUGCAUCAGAACACCCAAGGGAUUGGAAGUUGUGAAGAGGUUGCGAGUCAGCCUGCGGCUUUUCUUUCAGUGGAAGCUCAGCAGCCAUCUGUGGUCCCAUUCACUAGUACUGACCAUACUGGUUGAUUGUUUUACUUUAUUGUACUGAUCAGAAACUGAUUUGGAAUAGAAACACUCUAGAGCUGAAAGAAACUUAAAUUAUGGGAGGCAAGCUGAGUAAAAAGAAGAAGGGCUACAAUGUGAAUGAUGAUAAAGCUAAGGACAAAGAUAAGAAGGCAGAAGGAGCAGCAGCUGAGGAAGGUGAGGCUGCAAAAGAAAAUAAAGAGGAAAUUCCAGCCACAACAGAGGCUAGUGAUACAAAGGAAACUAAAGAAUCUACAGAAAAUAAAGAUGAUAAAAAUGACAAAACUGAGCAGGCAGCUGCUAGCAAAACAGAAGAAAAGAAAACAGAAGAUAAAACAGCAAAUCAAGAAGAACCUAAAAAGUCUGAAACUGAGAAGCCCCAGUCAAGUGCUGAAACAAAAUCAGAGGCACAAAAUACAGAAUCUAGUACAACCAAGCCAGAAGAGCAGGUUUCUGCACCAGCAACAGCUGUAGCUUCUGAAGCUCCCAAAGCUUCAGAGGUCAGUGAAGAAGCAAAGGCUCCCAAGCCUUCAGAACCUCAGGCUUCUGAAGUUGCAGCAGCUGAAAAACCUGAAGAAAAGGGCAGUGAAGGAGAGGCUCAGGCAUCCAAGUCGGUCUCCCCAGCUGCUCCCACUGCUACUCCAGCUGCUCCUACAGCCCAGGAAACUAAAAGUGAACCUGCUCCAGCUUCAGACUCAAAACCUAGUGAACCUGUUUCAGAGAAGGAUGCUCCAGCAGGAGAUGCACCUAGUUCUACCCCUGCUCCUUCAGAGAGUGUAGCACCAGAUGAUGACGGCAAAGCUUCAGAAGUCCCUGUGGUUAACUCGGAUCAAACCGUAGCAGCACAAGAGUAAUGGACAGCCUUGUCAGUAAUCACCGAAACCCACAUUUUGUUUUUUUUUUCUUUUUCAGCUGUACUAACAAACUUGAUCCCAGUCCAUGUAACCACAACUACAUGACCAGACAGGACUUUCUGAGCCUGGAAGAAAUAAUGCAUAAGGAGGUAUAAAAUGCAGCAUUAAAAAUAAAAAAAGAUGGACUUUUAAGGAAGUCUGAAAUAGUUAAAUGGUGGUCUCUGCUGAUCAGCUGUGAAUGCACUUCAUUAACAUAUAUCAAAACCAAAUUCUUUUCAGAAGUGAUGUUUGAUUCUGCCCUAUGGGCUAGUGCCAAGGCAAUCAGAUAUUCUUAACAGCAGUAUUUUGUGUUUAUUUGCAGCCUGUCUUCAUUCUGUGGAUGACUGCCAAUUUUCAGACAAAACAUCUCCUUUCUCUUUAGCCUUCUGUUAUCUUUCUGAGUGCCAAUCUGAUCCAACUUGGUUACCUCCCAAGUGGUUUUGGACUAACAAACAUAUCCAUCAUACUUAGGGUACCUAGAUUAUUUUCUCCUAAUGAGUUACUGCAUGUCUGUGGUUGGGUGCACCUGUAGUUCUGUUUUAUCAGUCAGUGGAAAUGAAAAAGUCUGCCUUCAUUGCAAAUCAGUGUCUCUGACACCAUCACACUGCUCAUUGAUUAAAAAGAAAAAAAGAAAAAAAUAUGGAUGCAUUGAAUUAAAUGUAAUUGUAUAAAUGGUGCAACAGUAAUAAAAAGUUAUGUAAUUUA